GUGGGUUAAAUUAGCAAUGAAAACUGCGAACUGUAAAGUGAAAGGAACAUAAUUGUGAGCAAAAAACCAAUUAAUGAUUAUUUUUUCUAAACACUUAAUUGAAUGUAAAUUAAAAACGUCAUUAAUGUAAUGUUUAAUUUAAUAGGCUUUGUUUAUGCACUUAUAUUUUGAUUUAACGCGGUUUCGAUUACUCGUUCUUCGUGGAAAUGGAUAAACUAUUUUGUGAACGCUAAUUUUAAUUUCUAAAAAUUGCCUACAUUUUUCCAAACUGCCUAAGUCUUAAAUCAGGCCAUAAAUGUCGGUCAUAAAUGACACAGUUCGUUGCUAUAUAGACUUUUGAAUAUAAACGCCCAACUACUAACACUUACCGCCAGUCUGGUUCGGUUGAAUCACCCAAAAGAUUGGUUAUCACACCCGGAUGGGUGUGAUAAGGUAUCACCUUGCAGUGGCCAAGAAAUACCGUCUUCGAUUAGAAUUGUUUAGUACAUUUGAGCAGCUCAAUCGAAAUGGACGGUCACAAUUGGCUUCACUUCAGCCACGGCGCAAUCCCCCAGGCAGCCGUAGUUGCUGGCCACGACUCCGAUGGCGAUACCAUCUUCAUCGGGCGGGCUUUCUACUGCAACGACAUGCUGCCGGCCAAGAUUAUUCCCAACAAGGGAAAGGCCUAUGUGGCCUAUGCCAACCAGGAGGUGGAGCUGGAGAACUACGAGGUGCUCAGUGGGUCCAACUACGAGUGGCUGCCGGCGGAGAACGGCGAGGUGCCGCCCGGAGCCGUCAAGGUGGGCCAGAACGUCGACGGGGAGACUCUGUACGCCGGAAGGGGCUAUCAUGCCGGCAGUUUGACCGUGGGCAAGGUGCAUCCGUCCCACGGCUGCCUGUACAUUCCCUACGACUCCGAGGAGGUGAAGCUCUUCGGCUACGAGGUUCUGUCGCGUCGCAUGGAGGCGAGAUAGGUGCUCCAGUGCCAGUUUCAGUUGUUAAUCACAAAUAAAUUUCACUCUUUUUGUAUAA